AUGUAUGUUUCUUCCGUCAACGUCAUGACUCUGAGUGGCGAUAAGCUUAUCAUAUUUACAGGGCGAGAUCAACAAGGAGCAACAAUCAGGCUCAAGACCAAAAUGGGCAGAAUGGAAACCAAAAUCAGCCCGCCAGACGUGCUGUUUAUGGACCGUAACCAAUCCGCUUUGACUGAUUUCCUGGCCUCGCACAACAUCUCUGCCGCCCAAAUUCGUUCGACCGCAGAUGCUCGCCGAAGACAAGCUGCGCAAGAUUCUGCGCAAGAUGUCAACGGUAAUGGGGAAUCUUCUGCCGCUGGCGCCGGACUCGCUGGCUCUCCAGACGAUAGUGACGAAGCCUCGACAAAGCGCAAGCGGGAGCAGGAAAAGCAGCAACUCGCAAAGAUCAAGAAGACCAAAGCUUUCAAGAAGCGCAAGAAGAACAACGACGACCAAUCCGAUGACGAUCUUGCCCGAGAGAUCAUGAACAUGGACGGCUACGCUGGCCCUAUGCCCGGUCAGAUGGAGAACUGCGAAAUCUGCGAGAAACGAUUCACCGUCACACCUUACUCGGUAGCUGGUCCAAAUGGUGGACUUCUUUGUGCCCCAUGUGGAAGGGAGGUUGCGAAGGAACGACAAGGCGCAGUGAAGAAGAAACCCAAGAAGCAGGCUCCUGCUGCGGGUGGUGUUGGCAGACGCCGUGCGAUUCAAAGUCGAAUUCUUGAUGGUGAUGUCGGCACCAAGAGUUUGGCUACUCUCUGUGUUCAGACCCUUGCCAAGAAUGUCGAUCUGGCUGACAGUCUUGGAGAUCUUCCCGAUCAUCUCAUUGAUAAGAUCGCCCGAAUGUUUUCCAAGCGCCGACUGCUAAAGACCGAAACUCUGCCUCUCUUCGUUCAACCCACGACCGAGAGUGUGCACAUCUACGAUGGCUCAAAGCUCACGGAGAAUGACUACAUGUCGAUCUUCCAAAUCGCCCCAAAACUCCAGCACCUCAAGAUUCGAUGCGGUAUCCAGUUCAAGGACGAAGUGAUGGACUAUUUGUUGACUCGUGACACUGCUCUGGAAACUUUCUACCUCCACGGAGCGAACCUUUUGAGUGAAGACAAGUGGCAUGAGUUCAUGAAAGCCAAGGGCCAAUGGCUCAAGGGAAUUCAAGUAUACUACACCGACAACCACUUUGGGGACGAUACUAUUACCGCGAUGAAAGACCACUGUCCCAACUUGAAGCGACUCAAGAUUGAGAACAACCAAAAGGUCACCAACGAUGGUGUCAAAGCGAUUGCAGACUUGACAUCUUUGGAACAUCUCGGACUUCAGCUGCAGAACAAGACUCGAUCUGACGCUUACUGCAAGGUCAUUCGGAGCAUCGGCGCCAAUCUUCAGACUCUGUCUCUCAAGAUUGUGCCUAGCAUCGAUGAUGCAGUAUUGCGAGCUAUUCACGACAACUGUCGAUCUCUCACCAAAUUUCGCAUCACUGAUAGUGAGACCAUGACUGAUUUUGGGUUCGCUGAGUUGUUCAACAACUGGGCCAAUCCCCCACUAUCCUAUAUCGACCUUCAAAAGUGUCGACAGGUCGAUGCGAGAAUGCCCCGAGAAAACCCCGAUAACAUUGGUCUCUGCAGCGAUGGAUUCAGAGCGUUGAUGGCUCAUUCUGGUCAUAAACUUCAGUAUCUCAACAUCCACGCAUGCCGUCACAUCUCACGUGAGGCUUUUGAAGAGGUCUUCGAUGAAAAUGCUCGAUACCCUGCGUUGAAAGAACUGGAGAUCAGUUUCUGUGAAGAGGUGACCGAUUUCAUUCUGGGCUCCAUCUUCCGCGCUUGUCCCAACAUUCGCACGGUCAAUGUGUUUGGAUGCAUGAAGGUGAAGAGUGUCCGCGUGCCCCGUGGUGUGAUUCUUGUGGGCGUCCCCAACGCGCAGGGUAUGGUCGUUGAGGGAUCUGAUGAUUAA